AUGACCAUCCCCGCCAUCAGGGUAGCUCCCUCGGCUGCCAAUAGAGCAGUAUCUCUUCUCCGCACCAUCCAAUUCACCCAUCCACCCAAUUGCCCCUGCCACACCAACCCCGGUCACCACCAUCACCACCAACGACAACAAAUAAGCCUUGCCAACAAUGUACGUCGACACCUCGCUACUCCCACCGACCCUUCGCAGCAGAAGGAGUAUGCCUUUGAGAUGGCUGCGUCCAGUAUCCGAUUCGGACCUGGUUCCACCAAAGAAGUCGGUAUGGACUUUAAGAACAUGGGCGCAAAGAGAGUCUGUAUCGUGACGGAUACGAAUGUGGCUCAAUUAGAUGCUAUGAAGCAGGCUACUGAAGGCUUGGCGAGGGAGGGUAUCGAAUUUACCGUGUUUGAUAAAGUCCGCACUGAGCCAAAGGAUAGUUCGAUCAAGGAAGCCAUUGCUUUUGCUAAGCCAUAUAAUCCUGAUGCAUUCCUAGCCGUUGGCGGUGGUUCUGUCAUCGAUACCGCCAAAUUAAUGAAUCUCUAUACCGUCUUCCACGACGCCGACUUCCUAGACUUUGUCAACGCCCCCCUCGGCAAAGGUCUCCCCAUCACCAAGCCCUUGAAGCCACUUGUAGCCGUUCCCACCACGGCAGGAACCGGCUCCGAAACCACGGGCACAGCCAUCUUCGACCUCGUAUCCAAGAAGGCCAAAACGGGCGUUGCUCAUCGUGCCCUCAAGCCUACCUUGGGAAUUUGCGACCCCCUCAACACUCGCACCAUGCCCAGCGCUGUCCAUGCUUCUUCCGGCCUCGAUGUCCUCUGCCACUCCCUCGAAUCAUACACCGCUAUCCCAUACUACGAGCGCAAACCCCGCCCCACAAACCCGAUUAACCGUCCUGCCUAUCAAGGCGCAAACCCUAUAUCAGAUAUAUUUUCCUUGAACGCUCUGCGUAGCACCGUUAAAUAUCUCCCCCGCGCUGUCAGGGAUCCAGAGGACUUCGAAGCCCAGGAACAAAUGCUUCUUGCCGCGACACUUGCGGGUGUCGGAUUCGGUAACGCUGGUGUCCAUUUGUGUCAUGGCAUGAGUUACCCCAUCUCCGGCCAGAACCCGGGCUACAAACACGCUGGCUAUGCCGUCGACCACCCCAUCAUCCCACACGGAGUUUCAGUCGCCGUCACCGCACCGGCCGUAUUCAAAUUCACCGGCGCCUCCAACCCGGAUCGUCACCUCGAAGCCGCCGAGGCGUUUGGCGUCGACAUCUCGAACGUCAAGCGCGAAAGUGCCGGUGAAGUUCUUGGCGAAGCAAUUGCGAAAUUCUUGAUUGGUCUAGGUGAUCAACCGCGCGGAUUGAAGCAUCUGGGUUUCAGUUCGGGUGAUAUUGAUGGGUUGGUGGAAGGGACGCUUCCGCAGAAGAGGGUGUUGAUGUUGGCGCCUAGUUUGAGUGAGGAGUUGAAUGCUGAGAAGGAGGAGUUGAGGGCUUUGUUCGAGGAGUCGAUGGAGUAUUAG